GUAUCCCACAACCCCCCGCGCCUCCCCCCCCUCAAGCCCUUCCCGCCGCUUCCUUUAAGCGGGGCCUCGCUGCGCCCCUCAGCCAAUAGCGCUCCCCGCCGCGGGUCGGCGGCGACCAAUGAGAGGCGGGAGGCGGGCCGUUAGGCGCGGAGAACCAAUGCGGGGCUGAAGGGAGGCGGCGAGUCGGCCAAUGAGAAGCGUCGGGGAGGGAGGGGGGGAGGAAGGGCCGGAAAUUACCGCGGCGCGGGGGCUGCCGGGAUUGCGAAGGGCGGAAGCGGCGGCCCUGAAGAGCGGAAGAUGAACGGAGCGGCCGAGCCCGAUGGCGGCGGCUACAAACGGCGUUACCGGGCGCUGAAACGGCGCCUGAAGCUGCUGCUUUACGAGCAGGAGUGUUUCCAGGAGGAGCUGCGCCGCGCCCAGCGCAAACUGCUCAAGGUUUCCCGGGACAAAAGCUUCCUCCUGGACCGGCUGCUGCAGUACGAGAACGUCGACGACGAUUCGUCAGACUCGGAGGCCACCGCGUCGUCUGACAACAGCGACGGGGAGGGGCCCAAGGGGGGGGACGCCCCUCCCCCCAAGCGGAAGCGCAGCCCCCCGCCCUCCCCUCCCCCCGCCACCUUCCCCCUCGCCCCUCCCCCGGCGCCCUACAUGAUGAGCUCCCCCCCCUACAGCCCCUUCCCCGCCGAUUACUUGGCCCCCGAGGGGCCGCCCCGCCCCCAACGGCCCCGCCCCGCCCCCACCCGGCGCCCAAAGGGCUCCCGGCGCCUUCAGCUCCCCCCCUCCCCCGCUCUGUCCUUCCCCCCUGGGCGUGUCCCCGCCGGGCCCCUCCCCCCUCCGCUGGCCCCGCCCAAGGCCCCUCCCCCCGUGCCCAGCACCGUCCCCCGGCGCAUGCUGAGCGACGCGGGGGAGGGGAGCGGCGACGACCCCCUGGACGGGGACGACGAGUUGGUGAUUGACAUCCCCGAGUGACCUCUGACCCCGCCACGCCCCCCUCGGGACACGCCCCUCCCCCAGCAUGGGGGGGGGGAGGGGAGGAAAACGAACGGCGGGGGCGGGGGGAGGGGUUUUUUGGGGAAAAAUCCCGGCGAUUUUGGCAGAAAGGGG